AUGCGUCUCAUACACACCAAAACCUUCCAGCUAGAGGAAUUCUACGGCCAGCCUCCCGAAUAUGCCAUUUUAUCACACACAUGGGGUCCCGACGAGGCCACGUACCAAGACUGGCAGGGCAACCUCGAGCUCAUGAAGCUCAAGAAGGGCCAUCAGAAGAUUCGCCGCGUCUGCGAGCAGGCGAGAAAGGAUGGCCUCAUGUAUCUCUGGUGCGACACCAACUGUAUCGACAAGAGCAGCAGCUCAGAGGUCUCUGAGGCCCUGAAUGCCAUGUUUUCCUGGUACAAGAAUGCGUCGGUUUGUUAUGUCUAUCUGAGUGACGUGUCGCCCAUUGAUACGGGCGCUUUUGAUCCCAUGGUGCAGUUUAGACAGUCGAGGUGGUUCACUAGAGGUUGGACCCUACCUGAACUCUUGGCUCCUACGUCGGUGGUGUUCUUUGCGAAUGACUGGACGACUAUUGGAACGAGAAAGACGCUUGCCAAUACGAUUUCGUUUGUCACCAAGAUCGAUCAGCAAUAUCUGGACUGCACCUUUUACAAGGCCAGUAUCGGCGAGCGCAUGUCUUGGCUAUCCAAACGAGAGACAGAAAGAGUCGAGGACAUUGCCUACUGCAUGCUGGGUAUUUUCGACAUCAACAUGCAAAUCGUUUACGGCGAGGGAAUGCGGGCGUUUAUCCGACUACAAGAAGAGAUCAUCCGUGUCUCAAACGACCAAACACUCUUCUGUUGGGCCUGGGAUGAGCGAUACGUUCCUCACGACUGGGCUAGCAUUCUCUCCCCAUCACCAAAGACCUUUGUCGACUCGAGCAUCUACACCGAGUGGCCUGUCCACGAAGCAAAGACAUAUACCAUGACGAAUGCCGGUCUGUCAAUCAGGCUGCCCAUCAUGAACACCAUCACCGAAUCAGUCGAGCAAUGGCUCGUUCUCCUCAACGCGAGACGAGACUCAGAGAACCAACAAGUCGCACUGCUUCUAAACCGUUUACCAGGAAAGGAUCGCUGCACUCGCAACCGAACACCACCCUGUCCAGUACCAGUCCUAACAGGGUCUACAAAACUCCGAGAAGAAAACAUGUUCAUCGCUGGAAGUCGAGAGCGUGCCUCGUACCAACCUGACUUCCACGGCUAUGGCAGCUACGAAGUCCUCGUCACUCUCGAUAGCGGUGCCAUUCCCUACGACAGCAUAACAUCCUGCCCCCGCCUAGAAUCCGGAACCAUCAGUCUCCAAUCAUGGGAUCAAGCAGGCCACUACGGCCGCGUGCUCGCCAUCCAAGGCAUGCAGAGCAUAAAAAAGAGCGAAAAGCGCGCGUCCGUAUUCAUCGCCACCCUAGUCUUUGGCAUAGAAGUAAUCGGUUCUAAAAUCGAAUGGUUCUGCAAAAUCCGGGGUAUCCAAGAAUCUUCCUCCGCCUUUAGCAACAAUACCCUCGAAGAAGCUGUUUACGAAGAGGAGCAGGAUAUCCGAUCUCAACUUGCGAGAACGGGACACUGGAGGGCUAUCUUUGAUCAAGAGAAGGAUACGACGUCUGAUACGGUGCGAAAGCAUGAGAUUGAUCUGUUAACGUCGGUGUCGUUGAGUUCUGGGGUGAGGAUAUCGGCGUCGUCUAUGAUGGCGGUUGCGCAUUUGCAGUUGGCGCAUAUUGUGAAGCCAGCGGAGGUUGCGCCGUGGGAUGAUGGGCAUAAGUUUAGGACUGCGGAUGGAGCGAAGGAUCUGUCGAGAUGGUUGAGUGCUUUGGAAUGA